UGAUGCAAAGAACCAAGCGUUUGUUUGACAAAGGGAUUAUUUUAAACCCCAAAAUGGUAACCCAAUCGCAGUUUAGCCAGAUACAGUUUCAAGCUGUGUUGAAUAACUUUUCCACGCUAUACAACGUAAUGAAGGCGGUGAAUUUUGUCGAUAAUGCAAUAGUUCAACUCAGCAACGAUGGCAUGAAGGUGAUCGUGGAGGAUGCCAAAAGUAUCCAAGCAUCGGCGUACAUUACCCGGGCAUGUUUUUCCGACUUCAAGCUUUCGAUAGCGAAACAACCAUCGUCAUCGGGUGCUAACGAUGAUAAUGCUACCGAUACCCAACCAUUCAUUGGGUUUGGCUUAAACCUGAAAGUGUUUGCCGAUUGCUUGAGCAUGUUUACCAGCGGAGACUACAAUUCGAGCCUUAAAAUGAUCCAGAAGGGUUCCGGGGCACCCUUGAUCGUGAUUCUGGAGCAGCACGGCGAGGAUAGCCUCACUACGGAGUGUUCGGUACGUACGAUGGAACCGUUCGACUGCAUGGAGUUGGACUUCGAGGAUGAAAAGCAGAUAAUGAGCAAGAUCAAUAUGAAAGGGGCCGAAUUUUUCCACCUACUAAGCGAGAUGGAUCGUAAUUGUGAUGAGUUUGAGGUGGUUAUUUCACCCGAUGCUCCACAUUUGAUGUUUCAUUCGUUUGGGGAAUUACAUUCGGAAAGCAGUGUGGAGAUAACGAAUACGAGCGACAUGCUGAUCACCUUCAACUGCACCCACGCUAGUCGCAAUCGGUACAAAUUUCAUCACUUUCGGCUAGCGAUGCGUACAUUGGCACUAGCGUCUAAAGUGGCCCUGCGUACCAACAGUGAGGGUUUGCUGGGUUUGCAAGUGAUGAUAGAGAAUAGCGAUAGUUCGCACAUGUUUGUGGAGUACUUCAUCUUGCCGCUAAUGUCGGACGACGAUCAAACAACGAUAUGA